AUGCCUCCUCGCAAGAAGGCGGUCGUUGACCCUGCUGGUCUCCUUGGCCCGGCCAAGCCUGCAAGCAAGGCCAAGGCCAAGGCCAAGAAGAACACCUGCAGUCAGGCCGCAAAGGCUGCAUUUCCCCCAUGCCUUGACGAUGAAGAGUCCAAUGCCAGGGCUCCCGUUCCUGAUGAAGAGGAUGAGGCUGUUGUCGCCAGCCAGCGACCUGAUUCCUCCCCUGCGGCUGCCCCUCGUGAGGGAUCUGUCAACUCCUUUGCCCUUCCUGUGACACCUUCUGUUGCUGCUCGUCGUUCCCACCUCAAUGUUGGCACGCCUGCGCAACAGCUCCACGCCAAGUCCGCUGUCGCUCCCGUCGCUGCUCCUGACUUUGCGUCUGUUCUGUCAUACUGA